GUGGGCAAGAACGGCUGUCGCGACCACGUGCGUCCGAUUCGGGGUGUCGCAAUGUCCAGCGCGGUGUUGUAACGCGUGCCUAGCAGGCACUAGACUCCAAUGUUGUGAACCGCGGUCGCCCUGUGAGAAAACAACAAUCACAACAACAAUACCAACACGUACCAAGCACACACAUCGCUCUACACUCUGCGAUGCGCUUUGCUGUAUAAUUAAUUGAACUCUACACGACACUAUAUUUAACUAAUUUCGCUACACUCAACUCCGCACUCAACUCAAGUCUAUACUCAGCACUAAACUCUGCACUCGGCUCUCGUAUAUUCUCCCACUCAACUCCACUGUCUGUCCCACUCAACUGUCGGCCUGCACUCCACUCGUCUCUGCGGGGAUCAUCGCACGCCUUUGUCUCCCGGAGACGUCCGUUCCCUUCGAGAUCAUCGCUGCGUCUCCUGCAAAGAAUCAUCACUGUGUCCUCUAUUCGAGAAAUGUAGCUGUUGAUCUCGUGGGUACAUCAUAUGCUGAACCAGGUAUCUCCCCCUUGGGCAAACUUAUUUUUUGUUCAGUUAAAUUGUUUUAUUUCUUGAACAAGUUACACACUUGCCAGACCUUAGUUUUGCCGGCUAACUUCUUCAUCUACCGGCUAACUUUCUUCAUCUGCUGGACAAACCCUACAACCUAUCGGAGCAAGUCCUUGGAACCCGCCGAGACAAGACCCUUCCGUCCUGCUGGAGCAACAUCUCCCGAUGAACGAGUCGCAGGAGCAAUGCGCGAGCAUCCCCGCCGGCAGUUCGGCCACCCCCGCCGCGCUCAUGUUCUGCGUCGGCGUGGUCGGAAACGUCGCCGCCGCCUCCAUCCUCUGGUGCUCGCGACCCGAUAGCAAGCGCAGCGUCUUCUUCACCCUCGUGUGCGCGCUCACCGCCACCGACCUGUUCAGCACCCUGCUCUCAAGCCCAGUCGUGCUCACCGCCUACAGCCGCAACAGCACCCUGCGUGAGCUGGGCGGCGACUCCCUGUGCCUCUACUUCACCUGCUGCAUGCUCUUCUUCGGCGCGGCCACGAUGGGCAUCCUAUUCGCCAUGGCGUUCGAGCGCUGCCUCUCGCUGAGCCACCCGUACGCGUACAGGAGGCUCGUGCGGCGAGCCGGAGCAUUCGGGGUGCUGGCCGGCAUCUACCUGCUCAGUCUGCUCGCCGCGCUCAUGCCCGUGAUGCGCUUUGGCCGCUCGCGCAUGUACAAGCCGUGCACGUGGUGCUACGUGGAGAUGCGCCACGAGCCGGGCUACUCCGUGCUCUACGCGCUCUUCCUCUCGGCACUCAUCGUGGCCGUGCUCGCAUGCAACGCGUCCGUCAUGCUGUCCCUGCGCGCCAUGCGACGGCGGCUGCUGCUGUCGGCACCCCCCGCAGCUUGCCGGGGCUGUCAGCAACAGCAGCAGCAGCAUAAGCAGCAGCAGCAUAAGCAGCAGCAGCAGCAGCCCCGCACGUUGUCCCUGCGCCGCAAGUUGUCCCUGCACCGCCGGAUGAAGCACGCGCGCGGGGUCGAGGUGGACAACCUCGUGCUGCUCGUGGUCAUGACGCUCAUCUUCCUCAUCUGCUCGCUGCCCCUCACGGUGAGCGCGUUCAUCAAUGCGAUCGACCCAGGCAACAACAACUUUGGGAGGGACCUGACCGGCCUACGCUUCGCCUCAUUCAACCCCAUCCUCGACCCAUGGAUCUUUAUCAUCUUCCGCCGGUCGGUGUUCGAGCGCCUGCGCUCUUUGCUCUGCUACUGCCUCGUGCUGCCGCGGCACAAGCGCAACGUGGCCUCCGCCAGCCUUCACCUCCACUCCGAGCCGCCGUCGUCACUGCCGCCCGGCGCUGCCCAUGACCCUGAGUCGAGCUGCCACUUUCAGCCCUGGCGGUCGGAUUCGUGCGCGAGCAAUUGUGCGGGCGACGCGUCAAACGGGCAGCCCUGGCAGGCCGACCCUGGUCCAGGCGCUCACGUGUACACGAGCGACCCGUGUGACCCGCGAACUCGGCAGGUGAACACAGUUUCCCACGAUUGCGAGUGCACACGUAUCGCGGGCGAGCCCGCGUUGAGCAGCCAGCCUUGGCACGUGGAUCCCUGUCCUGGCGCUUGCGCGUGUACAAGCGCAGCGGACGGCCCAACGUUGGACCGCCAACCUCAACCUUGGCGGGCGGACUCGGGUCUCUUCGGCGAUUGCGUGUGCACGGACGCCGCGGGUGGCCCGAGCGGGCUGCCGAAAUCGACGGUCGGCGCUGCCGUCCUGGCGGCUGGGGAAGCCUGCGAAGGGGACGUCGCGGACGUGCAGAUGUCCCUGCCGUGAGGGCAUGGGAACGUGGCUCACGGUCGUGAACCCGCGACCAGUGCGCACCCUUCCCGGCGUCCUGACUGGAAACGUUUAAAUUGACACUGGAAAAAAACUUCCUACGCGGUGUGUGUUUUGGAAAACUUAUUUGGUGAAACUCGCAAACGAGUAUCGCAUCGUGACGGUUUUUAAUCCACUUCAAAGGUCGCCUGUACAGAUGUCCGCGUUGCUUGCGUUGGUGAAGGCAUCAGCAGCUGUAAUCGCGGGCUGGUUUAUUCGGCAUGUGUGCGGAACAAUUUUGAUUAAUGGUGAAACGUGACUGCAAUUCACGAUGUUGUGUAUGAGCGUAAAAUCCUUUAUGUCAGGAAAUACAUGAUAACAUGUGUUGCUACAGCAUAGUUAAAUGAGGAAGUUAAACUACGUGCCAAACUGUUGCUUCUUUUGAAUUGCUAAACGUACAAAUCUUGUCCCACUGAACAUUAUAUUACCAUUGGAGUGUAUAGUUACACUUAGAAUUUUGCUAUUUCCAUAAGACUAUUACGAUACUAGUUUCUUAUUUACCAGCUAAAGCCCACUGAGCCUUUAGCUCUUUUAUAAAGGCAACCCGACCACAUGUAAUAUCUCAUCAAAAUGGCUCAUAUUAUCAUCAUCAUCAUCAUACGUGGCAGUUUAUAGCAGCAGCCAAAUAAUCUGAACGCAUGUUUCUCAACGUGGAGGGAAGGGGCGGGGGGGCAACUCUGGUAGACCAGCAGAAAGUGCCACGUGACCAUGGGGAAAGAGAACACGCAAACGCCAACUAUGCGACAGGCGUCAACAAGGUUGUGAUCGAACCCACGAGCUCCUGCGUACGAGGCGAGGGAGAUAACGUCUCGCCACAUUGCGGCCUCGAAAGAAACGCGUCGCCUUAGACGGUCGGAUCCCGAAUACUCUUUGCCCCUCGGUUUAAGGAUAACGUCCAAAUAAACGCUCUUCAGAAACCACCCACACUGCUUAUCAUACAAAGCCCAGCAGAGUGGUGGGGGGAGAUGGAGAGGGUGGAAGGCUCGAAGUGCCCCCCCCCCCCCGUCUAAGUUCCUAUACUGCAGUCUAGUCGUGUUGGUGCAAUAUUUAUUCUUGUGCACAUGGGGGAAGGGAGGUGAGAGCCACAUCAGAAUGCACGAUCUCGCAUCGUUCCUCGCUCCGUGCAGCGUUUUAGCGUUUGCUUCGUCGUUGACCAUGUCGUGUGCCCCCCCCCCCCCUCAACUGGGCUUUGUACACCCCGCACCACUGGCCUAUUAAAACGGGGUUGGAACUACACGGGUUGCCAGACGUUACAUCAGCGCUCUUAAAUAACAAAACUGUGGCGAGUGCAUUCGUGAACAAGGCGAUAUUUACCCCCCGAGCAGCGGUCAAAGAAAAAAACACCCUUAGACGGUGAUUGCAUUGCCAGACGCGGCAGCGCAUGUUUUACUGGGUGCGCUCUUAAAUGUCUUGCUGGUCUUUUUGGAAGACAUGAUAAAAGCUUAUUCGCCAUUAAAAGCAUACUCUAUGGUUCAUUCGGUAAGGUCACGUAGGUAGAAAAGUUAAAUAAAAUACUAAAAUAAUAUAUCACGUGUGGAAACCCUUCCCUAUGGAUUCCUGCAGUCACGAAAGCUUCUAAUAAAGAUUGCACCGCUUCUACAGGGAGGGUUUCCACGCAUGAUGUAUUAUAUAUUUUUUUCUAUUUACGUGACUUUACCGAAAGAACCAAAAAGUAUCGAUUCCCGCAGUCACGAAAGCUUCAAAUCAGGAUUCCAUUGAAAGCCUUCAAAAUGCCCAGAAUAAAACCCGCGUAUUUUUUUAUGACUUCAUAAAUGGUGACGAACGUGCGCGCUCUGCUGAUGCACACACGAGGCAUUUCGACUUCAAAACAACGGCCCCACUUGAGACCAUGUGGUGGUUUUAUUAGCUUGGCGCAGAGACUGAUAAGAAACGGACGCUUCCGAAAUUCCACCUCUCUAAAAUCACGAGUGCCUGAGAUGGGUGUGACCUUCAUUUAACCCCGCGUGUGGAAGUCCACCUUUGGGCUUAAUAUCGCGUCCCUUGAAACAAGUCGCACCUCCCAUUAGCAGGGUUGGCUACGUACGGCGCGAAAGAAGUGCAGCAUACGUACGCGCAUCAUCGCAAUCAUCGUCAACCGUGAUGGAGCCACGUCUGGCAGAAGGCCGCGAUCCACGCAGCGGCUGCAUCACGUGAGCAGAUUUCAUCGCCUCCGUCUGUGGACGUCCUCUCGGACGCGUUCCGUUGGCUGGCUGCCACCACUCCGCCACCACGCUUGAGCAUCGACCAUCGCCUCCUCUCGCGACGUGUCCUGCCCAAGCCCGCUGACUUUCUCUCAAUGUCAUCGAAACUCUUUACCGUUUUAGCUCUUUUUGUUGUUGUUGUUGUUGCCGUCGUCGUUAAUGACCGCGUGUCUGAACCACGUGUCGGAGCGAGUAUUAGACACUGAUUGGAAAGAAGACAAAACAUAAUAAUAAAAAAACAAAUAGCAUUUAACAGAUAUCAGGGGCCAGGUUCAUUUUUUUUAAAAAUUGUAUGAAUAACAUAGCCUUGGUGAUUUGGCGCAACGUUGGUACUGGUACCAUCGGAAGGUCGGCCAACACUUGAAUAAUGUCCAUGAAGCCACAAAGACAUUCCUAAGGGUAAGUGUUUUAUUCCUCUAAGUGUAUCAUUAAAAUGGAAAAUACCAUUUAUAAAUCUACGUAUUAUGUAACGCUUACAGCGGAGUGGAACGUGAGUUAUGAAUACACGGAAAAUUCGCUCUGUUUUGCAAGCAAAUUGAAUAGUUUCUCAAAUCGUGCAUUUUUCAGCAGUGGAGUGGAUAUUUGGCCUGUGGUUAGACACUGACCAGAUGUCUCGGAAGACGUGGGAGGACCCACAGUUUACUGAACUGCAUUUGUGCUGAUCAAUCGUGUAACUGCCGUGGGAUCCAUUUGUAUUGUCGGAUGGGCAGAGGCCCGAUAGUUUUGAGGAGCUUUCACCGUCUUUUAACUGCCGCGCCGGGAGAAGCAACCGGCGACCUCUGGUUUGUGAGUUCUGUGCUCCUGCUAACCA